ACGACUAGAUCAUACUUUCUAGAGGGUUCGGACUGACUACGUAAAGUCUAUGAUGAAAGCUCUUAGAGCUGUUCACUGUACAACUAUUUACGUUACGUUGAUCAGUUGGUUGCUACGCGGUUGUUCUAGUCAUGAAGCUCCCGAUGCUACGUUAUCUAAUCAUCCAACUGCCGAGUCUAAGAAUGAUAAAGUAGACCACCGUAUUUUCAUAAAAGAAAUAUUUCACAAAUACGGACAUAAUGGUGUAAUUACAUUCGAAGGUUUUGAACAUUUGUUAGAAAGUCUAGGUAUUGGUCAAAUUGUAAUACAUGACCAUGAUUUAGAAUCGCAUAGAGAGGAGAAUUACUUUUUUCGUGAAAAACAUCAAAACCAUAAUCAUAUUGCCAGAAAAAAUGGACGUUUAGAGACUAGCCAUAGUCACGAGAUCACAGAUGUUGAUAGCAGUGCUGUUAAACCUUCAGCUCCACAAGGAUUAGUAGUGUCAGCGACAGGCGAGAAGUGGUCCAACAACUCUGACAGCGACGGAAAGAGAAAGAAGGAAAGGAAAAAAGAUGAGGUAAAAGACACAGAACAGGAUGAGCUCUUACCUAACAUCACCAGUCUGUACUCGGAGGAAGAAAAUCUGGCCAGUUAUCCCAUAUAUACAACCAUUGUGACUGGACAAAAGUGUCUUACAGCCACAGAAAUCCUACAUUCUUUUGAUAUAAGCUCAGUGAACAGUUUGAUCACCCCUGUGGACUUUCUCCAUCUUUGUCCAGCUAUCGUCUACGAACUAGAGCAGCGACAUUGCAAAGAAUCAGUUUUAUGGCAUAUGUACGAUCGUGAAGAAGAAGACGUACCCAUCACUCACAAUUCUUAUGUUUGGGCGUAUGCGUCGGCUUCAGUUGUGGUAAUAAGUCUGUGUGGACUUAUAAGCGUUGCUGUGUUGCCUAUCAUACAGCGGGUGUUUUACCAAACACUUCUUCAGUUCCUGGUUGGUCUUGCUGUUGGAAGCUUGUCAGGAGAUGCUCUCCUGCACCUGUUGCCUCACGCUAUGGGAGAAGGAAAGUCUCACAGCCACGAUAAAAAUUUGCCAGAUGAUGCAAAAGGAGAGUUAGUUUGGAGAGGCUUAGCUGCAUUAGCAGGUAUUCAUGUUUUCUUUUUGGCAGAAAGAGUGCUGAAUCUCUUGGCAGAUUACAGAAGCAUAAUGAAGUCCAAAACUAAAAGAAAUAAAAAUACCAAGUUUGCUUUAGUACCAGAUAUUUCCAGGAUAAAACCAGAUGAUAUCAGAGUUAUUGGAGAGAAGCUGUCAUAUUAUCAAAAGGGUUCUUUAGGUUUUGUUUCACAAGAAGAGACCAUAAAAAGACUACAUGAUUUUUCUGGAAAUAAUGAUAAUCAAGAACUCAACAGAGAAGUCCAUGAAGAAUUACUUUCUCUUGAUACUAAUUCUUUCAUUAGAAAUGAUGUAGAUGAGAAUCCAGAAGGUUUGCAUCCUGUUUUUUCAAAGUCAAUAGAAGAGGAAGAAAAACAUCACAAGGAUGCUAUUGUUAUUCAUCCUGAUACUACAGAUCCUUCUUAUGCCAUUACUGUUACUGACAGUCAUCAUGAUGGAGGUCAUGGACAUUGUCAUGAAGUUCCAACAUCUGUAUCUUCUGUAGCAUGGAUGGUUAUUAUGGGAGAUGGGCUGCACAACUUUUGUGAUGGGCUUGCAAUUGGUGCUGCAUUUGCUUCAGAUAUAUCUGGUGGAAUUAGCACUACAACAGCUGUAUUUUGUCAUGAAUUGCCACAUGAACUAGGGGAUUUUGCUAUGCUUUUAAAGGCAGGGAUGAGUGUUAAACAAGCUUUAUUCUAUAAUGGUUUGUCAUCCGUGUUGUGCUUCUUGGGAAUGAUCAUUGGGGUUUCCUUAGGCAACAUUAGUUCUGCUAGUGUUUGGAUCUUUGCUGGGGCAGCAGGCAUGUUUCUCUAUAUUGCUUUAGUGGAUAUGGUUCCAGAAUUAGGAUCAAGUAGCAGUCGUCGAGGAUAUAAUAGGAUCCACCAGUUAGGUGUCCAACUUCUUGGAAUAUCACUUGGUACUUCUGUCAUGUUGCUUAUAGCUCUUUAUGAGCAUGACCUGAAGUCUGCUCUAACAAACAAAUAGGAAUUACUAGCUUCCCAAGUGUUUAAUACAUGAAAAACAAAUUAACAAAUUGUUGUAUCAAAGAAACAAGCCUUCUUUACUACAUUACUAUUUCAACAAACUCCAAAAACUUACUGUUGUAAAAAUUAGUGUUCCUACAGAUAUGUGCAUGAACACAUGGUAUGGAAAGUUUGUAAUAUAUUUCUUGCUGUGUGUAUAAUUCUAGCAUUUCAUAAAGGUAUGUAGUUUGAGAACAAUUAUAUUUUUAAGAUUAUUAAAAUUAUUUGUUGAAGAUUAGGAUUCCUGUAUGGAAGAUAUCUAUAAAUAGCAGAGUUUAUUGGAAUUAUGUAUUGAAAAUAUUUGAUAUUUUUUGUAUAGAAGAUCAGGAUAGCAAAUGAUAUACCUUAAAUAAUAGGAUUUAUUGGGAUUAUUUGUUGAUGAUCAAGUUUUCCCUGAGAUAAUUUUAAGUUAUCAAGAAUUACAUAUUCAUACAAAUAGCUGGGUUUAUCAGGAACAUUUCCAAAUGUCCAUAAUACUAUAACAUCCUGUACCUAAAAUUGAUGCUCAAAGCAGAGUAUUUUAUGAAUUGAAACAUAACUUGCUGAAAAAUGGGAUUUUCUAAAUUAUCUGUUGUGUUUUUGAGAACAGAUACUAAUGAAUGGGAUUACUUUUCAGUAGAAUCAAAGUUAAAAAAUGGGUUGAGAUUUUCCAAGAUGAUUUGUUAUUCAACUGAAUUCUCAAUUGCAUAGUAUUACCAGGAUCAUUGAAAAUCAAAUUUGCCUUAAAUAGUCUUCUGAAGGAUUCUUUAACAAGUUUCAAUAAAUAAUUUUUAUCCUUAAAAGGUUGAAGAAAGAAGCUUAUUACUUGAACAGUGUUGAAUAAAGAAAUUAAAGCCUAGUGUGGCUUUUUGAGGCACCCAAACACCUUCUUUAUGGAGUUUUGCCAUAUUCUUUAGAUGUUUACAUAUUGUUUCAUGAGAGACAUGCAAUUUCAGGG